CACACAUACUAUAGAUGCUAUAGUAAAAUUUUCCUCGAAAGAACGUUUUGGAAUGCGACUUUGGUUACUGAACAUCGGGCAUACAUUUUUCCGAAUGAAGUCUCAGCGCUCCCGAUUGUCACAGUUGAGAGACACUGCUGGCGCAUUUGUGUGGCAAUCGAUUUUGGCAGAAGCCGAAGCGAAGGUACACGAUGUAAGUAUUGACCCUUUAUUACACUCUUGAUAGACAAGUAUGUAAUAAAGAUAUUAAAGUUUUCCCCGAAUCUUCCAUUGCGAUUGUGACGUUGGACGUCUUAUACAUUGUCACUUCGUUUUCUCUCGUAACCGGUAAGGCUGCGAUUACUGCGCAAACGCGUCAGUAAUGUCUCUCAAUUGUGACAAUCAACACUGCCACUUUCAUUCGGAAAAGUAUGCGCUCACCGUUCAGUAACCGAGUAUGGUACAUGCGCACUCGAUAUCGCGCGCUUAAUAUUUCUUUCUUGACAAGUGAAAAAUCAGAAUUUACGUGCGCCCUAUAAAUCGUUGUAACAUAUUCCCCGAUAUAGUGCUCAUUGCCAAUCAUAAGUUCUUUAUUUUCGAAUAUAACAGUGUCCGAAGGUUCCGAUAAGAUUGCACACUUGACGCGAUAAGAACUAUGUGAGUUGCAAGCAGAGUUACGUUACUUCGCUCCGAAGUCUCGGUAUAGUUGCAAAAAUAUCUGUUAUUGAUUCAUCAGUUGGAAUAAAUACAUAUAUUAAUAUUAAUAUUGUUUUUAGAAUUCUGCAUGUGUUUUGACAAGGCGCGCAUUUCACACGUAUAAAAAUCGUAUUAAAUAAAACAAAAGCACCAAUAUUUGCAAGUAAUAGCAAAUUUUUAUCAACUCGUGGGCGUACUGUCACGACGAGCGGAACAAUGGCCCAGCCGAAGGAGAAGUGCAUUGAUCUGAGCAUAGUGAGCGACAAGUUCACGGAAGAGGUGCUGACGAACAUUCUCUCCAAGGCCUGUGACGACGGAGAAGAAGUGCGACUGAUAAAUUGGAAUUUUGACGAGGGCUUCGCUAAAGGCGACUACUACACUUCCAGCAUCAAUAAGGGCAGCGUGAACGGCAUUAUUGACGACAGCCUGGGGCAACAACGUGUGCAGGUGAAUUUUAUCGUAAAGGCGAUGCCGAAAAAUGUCGGUCGAAGGAAGACUUUACGAUCUACGGACUUCUUUCGCAACGAGAUUAUUUUUUACACUGAGGUCGCGCCCAGAUUCGAGGAAUUCUUAGCAGGCAAAGGACAGAGCAAUUUUCUGCGCAUACCGCGUCACUUGGCCUCGUUGACGGACGGUGAAAACGACUUCCUGGCCUUGGAGGACGCCACGUGCUUGGGAUUUGGACCGGCGUCGCGACAGAAUUGUUUAGACUGGGCGGAGUGCACGGUGAUCUUGAAGACGAUGGCUAAAUUUCACGCGACCUCCUUCGCUUAUAAGGACCAAAGGAAACAGGAAUUCGCGGAGAUUGCAGGUCGUUUAGAAGAAGCCAUCUUCAGCAGGAAUUACUGGAAUUGGUACAAAAAUUAUCUUAAAAGCUUGUUGAAGGUAGCCAAACACGCGUUAGCCACCGAGUAUCCCGGUAGCAAGGCCGAAAAAUACUUCAAUUCUUACAAAUCCAGUAUUCUCUAUGAUAAAUGCACAGAAUUAUGUAGCAGAAAAGAUGCUCCCACAUCUGUCGUGUGUGAGGGUGACUGUUGGGCGCCGAAUUUCCUAGUUCGGGACGUCGGGCAGAAUCUGAAGGAAGCGUUGAUGCUAGACUUUCAGCUCUCCCGCUGCGCCAGUCCCAUUACGGACUUGGCAUUCUUCGUUUAUUCAUGCACUCUAAAAUCAUUUCGAGAUCAAUAUUUUGACGAAAUAUUAAAGAUGUAUCAUUCAGAGUUAUGUAGUGCUAUCACAUUGCUCGGGUCUGACCCGGAGAACAUCUAUCCAUGGGACUUGUUUAUGAAGGAGGUGAAGGAGCAAUUCAUCUUUGGUAUCGUUGCCGCACUGGAAAUUAUUCCGUUGAGUUUAAUGGAAGUACCUGCGUCGUUUGAUCUGGAUAGCGUGUUCAAAAGCAACGAAGCUGUAGAUCUCGCUGAGGUGGCAGAAUUUGUCAAUAUUGAGACGGCAAGUGGAAGACAAAGAUUAGCAGAUGUGAUAGUACAUGCUGUUGAUAAUGGAUUUCUGCCGCACGCGGCUUGAAACAUCUUAGAAACUACAACAUUCUAAUGGAAAGCUAUAAGAAGAAGAAAUAAAUAUGAUUUAUAUUUGCAACA